UUUCAUUCUUUUGUCUCUUAUAUACAAAACAAAACAAAACAAAAAAAGAGCAAAGAAAAAAAACAAAACAAAAGAAAAAAAUGGGAUUUUGUUUUUGUUUAUCCUCAGGAGGAUCAACAGAUAGAAAUCAGAUUUACGAGAUAAAUGAUUAUGGACAAGAGAAUGCGGUUUUAUACUCUGAACAACUUGGCGUUGCUCAAGACUUUGGCUCUGUAUCAUCUUUAGCUGGAGGCAAGGGCUUCAAUCAAGAUGCUGCCAUACUCCACCUGGGAUAUGGAACUGAAGAAGGAGCAUUAUGUGGAGUGUUUGAUGGGCAUGGAGAGAAGGGUGAGUUGGUGAGCAAGAUCGUAAGAAACCAAUUGCCAUCUUUAUUGUUAGGUCAUAUGAAUAAUCAUUCAGUGACUCGAGACUGGAAACUCAUCUGCGAAACUACGUGUUUGGCCAUGGACAAAAUAAUUCUUAAACUCAAGAACACUCUUGAUUUCUCUUCUUCUGGAACUGCUGCUGUUUUCGCCGUUAAACAUGGAAAUCAAGUGAUGGUGGCAAACCUAGGAGAUUCAAGGGCUAUUAUGAUUGGAACAAGUGAGGAUGGAGAAACGGAGGUGGUUCAAUUGACAAGUGAUCUAAAGCCAAGUGUCCCAAGCGAAGCGGAGAGAAUAAGGAAACGCAACGGAAGAGUCUUAGCAUUAGAGGCAGAGCCUCAUAUUCUAAGAGUAUGGCUUCCACAUGAAAACCGACCAGGCCUAGCUAUGUCUAGGGCUUUUGGUGACUUUGUCCUUAAAAGCUACGGUGUCAUUGCAAUCCCUGAAGUCUCUAUGCAUCAAAUCACUUCUCGCGACCAGUUUCUGCUCCUUGCUUCUGACGGGGUGUGGGAUGUACUUAGUAACGAGGAAGUGGCUAAGGUGGUGAUGAAGUCUGUGAAUGAGACAGAAGCGGCCAACGCGGUGACAGAGGCAGCGGCGAAUGCGUGGAAACAGAAGUAUCCAACCGCUAAGGUUGAUGAUAUCACUGUCGUGUGUCUCUCUCUGAACAAGAGACAUGCUCCACAGCCUCGUAUAUGAUUUAAACAAAUUCUCUUGCGAGAAAAAAAAAUAAAAAUAAAGACUAAUCAAAGAUGGAUGCCACGACAGCUUAGAGUUCUAUUGUUUUGCAUAUGAGUGUGACCGAAUGUGAAUAUAUCUAUAUCUACCGUUAUUAAGUCGUGUGACUAUCUCUAUUACCUAGAAACGAAAUUACAGAGAUGUUAUAUUGUUAUGAGUGGUGUGUGUCGUGAGAUGGAGGCAACAAGGACGUUGACAUUUUGGACACACGUCAUGGGAAUCUAUGUAUAACUAUUGGACUUUUGAAGCUAAUAAUGG